GUGACGUUGACGCAGGUUCGAGCUCGACGACGAGACCGUGCGGCGCCACAUCCGCUCAAGAGACAUAUAGGCUGCCCAUACUACUCGUUUCUAGCUGUUAGCAGCCCGACCUGACCAUGACAUCGAGCCCAAAACCUCUUGAAGUCCCACCUUACCAGGUGCAGCCUCUCCUUGCCACUGUCAUCGAGUCCUACGGCUACAACACCUCAGAGGACGGGUUACCUACCGUAGAGGUCAAAUGUGCACAAGCGUUAGGUUCCGAGAUCUACGUUGGGUGCUCAAACGGCGAGCUACUAAGGUUCGCACUGCAGGUGAAUGGUCCGAACGAGCCAGAAUCAUAUAGCCUUCUCUCCCGACAAAACAUACCCUCCGGAAAGCCCGUAGACGAAAUCGCUCUUGCGCCCAGCAUUUCUCGGGCCCUCAUCCUCUGUGACCACCAAGUAUACUUCUAUACCCUUCCCGCCCUCGAUGCCAUACCAUCCUCCGUCACCAAGCCAAUACGAAAUGUCUACACGCUCUCCAUCGACCACGAACACAUGCUUCGACCCGCACCACCAGACGGCCAACAAGGCGAGCCCAUCGAUUUCUGCGUGAGCAAACGGAGCAGCAUCGCACUCUACAGCCUUCGCGAGCGGCUCUUUUACCACAAGGAAAUCCCCACCCCCGAGCCCGCAUUCUACGCCAAACGCUCAGGGCCCUACCUCUGCCUCGCCGGCCGUACAAACUACUCCGUCCUCAACCUCUCCACCAGCACUAUCUCCGAAGUCCUCCCAAUCUCCCAAGCCCCGCCCGACUCGGGCGGCCCGCGCAUCAAGCCCAUCAUCGCGGUCAUAGCCCAGAAUGAGUUUUUGAUCCUUUCGUGGAACGGGGCGAGCACGAUGGGGGUGUUUAUCAACGGGAAUGGGGAUGCGAUUCGAGGGAUAUUGGAGUGGGGCGGACAUCCUAUUGCAGUUUGCCCAGAUUACCCAUACAUAACCACCCUCCUCCCCUCCCAAACCAUCGAAAUCCACUCCAUCGAGACCCAAGCCCUCCUCCAAACCAUCCCCGCGCCCCCGCUCCCUUCUCCAACCCUCCUCAGCUCCUCCCCCUCCCACGGCGUGAACCCCGCGGCGCUAAUGAUGCAGAACGAACGGAGGACGCUCAUUCGGAGCUUGAACGGUUUCGUGGUGCCCGCGAUGGCGGGGAAGGAGAAGUUGCGGAUGAAGAAAGUGAGGUUGAUUAGGAGGAUGAAGGCGCCGGGGCCGUCGAGGCCUACGAGUCAGGUUUUGGCGGAGGGGGUGGGGAGGAGUAUUGGGGUUGUUAUUGAACAGGGGGAGGAGGGGGAGAAGGAAGGAGAAGAGACGGCGGAGGACGGUGAGGACACGGGGAAGGGAGUAGGGUUGAUGGAGGUUGUGGCGGCGGAACCGAGCAUUAGUGAGUUUACGCCGAGUGAGCUGGGUGGUGCGAGGGAGGAGGAAGAGGAGGGGGAGGAGGGGGAGGAGGGGGAGGAUGGGGGAGGAGGGGGAGGAUAG